ACUUUGACUAUGUAUUUUCAACAGUACUGGAGAGACAAGAGGCUGGCUUACGCUGGCAUACCUCUCAACCUCACGCUUGAUAACCGAGUGGCAGAUCAGCUCUGGGUGCCUGACACUUACUUCUUAAACGACAAGAAAUCAUUUGUGCAUGGUGUUACCGUGAAGAAUCGAAUGAUUCGGCUUCACCCAGAUGGAACAGUGCUUUACGGCCUCAGAAUCACAACCACUGCAGCUUGUAUGAUGGACUUGCGAAGAUACCCAUUAGAUGAACAGAACUGUACUCUGGAAAUAGAAAGCUAUGGCUACACAACCGACGACAUAGAGUUCUACUGGAGAGGUGGAGAUAACGCGGUCACCGGCGUGGAGAGGAUUGAGCUUCCUCAGUUCUCCAUUGUGGAAUACAGACUGGUGUCAAAGAAUGUUGUCUUUGCCACAG